CUCCGCUCCCGGCACGCUGUCUACCUGAGAGGCAUCGCGCUGUAGUAUCAUACAAGGGCAGUGGUAAAUAGGAUCGUCGUCUUUUUAACCCUUGUAGUGACGCGCUGUGUGAAUACGAGGAGACGGUGGCGAUCGGGCACAGCACCUCUUAUUCAUGAGAACGGCUAUAAUUUACAGCGAGUGCGGCUCGUCAAUUACCAUGUUACCUCGUUUAUUCUCUACAUCAUUGUUCACCCCCAGCGUGAUGCCUGUGCGUCACUCGCCAUAACUUGCUUUGAACAGCCUACUGGGAGUUGUAGUUUCUCCGCCUUUUCUCUCCGGGCGUGUCCGCAUAAGGGAGAAAGGAGAGUCUAGCGUGAACGCUCUACAAAUCCCGUGAGCCAAUGCACUCGAUGUGGGCCGAGCCUAGGAGGCAGAAGCCAAUCAGCGGCUCCGGAAGGCAGGAUAAGGACAUGGGCGGGGACAGAAGUGCUCAGCGGACCAAUAGCGGCCAGCCAUUAGGCGCUCCAAAUUUGAAAUGGACUUAAAGACAAAAGAAAAGGAACUAGUCGAAGAAACAGAAAAUGGAAAGGAGAAGCCAGCCAAUGGAAAUGCAGAGAAUGAAGAGAAUGGAGAUGAUGGAGCAGACAAUGAUGGAGAUGAAGAGGAAGAGGUUGAUGAAGAAGAUGAAGAGGAUGAAGUAGAAGGAGAUGGAGAUGAAGAUGAUGAAGAGGAUGAAGCAGAAGGACCCACUGGGAAACGGGCAGCUGAUGAUGACGAUGACGAAGAUGACGUUGACACAAAGAAGCAGAAAACAGAUGAAGAUGACUAGAGGGGCACUAUUCCCUGUCUCAAAAUAAAUUCUAUAUAUUAUCCUUCUCCACCGCCUCCCCACCCUUAUCACGCUCAGAAUAUGGUCACUUAAAGUGAUUCAUCCGUCCCACCCUUCACGCAGGCUCCCAUGGCCCUUUUUUUCCGUCCUUGCACAUUGACUUGCGCCACAGACGCAAUAAUGUGCCCUUGGUGCAUUCUUUUUAAAGCAGCCCCUGGUCCUCUUAAGUAGAGUGGGCCAACCCUUUCACUGCCAGUUUGGGUUGCAUUCACCUGCUGUCCUCUCCAGUCCUGAGAGGGGGAAAAAGGGGGGGUGGGGGUGGUGAGGCAGCAAAACAAAAAAGUUUAGCUUUUUCCUUUUUAAAAUUCUGAAAUGGGGAAACUAAAACACCCUUGUAUGGGGUUCCUAUGUUUGUAUUUUUUAUUUACAUUUUAUAUUUUUGUACAUAUUGGUAUACAGCGGUCCUUUUUUCUGUACCGGGAAUCCGGCUGACAGGGUGUGGGGCUUUUAAAUUACACCUGUAAUUUUAAUUUUUUUUUAAAUUGCACCUGUAGAUUUCUGCCAAUUCAACCCUGAUGUAUUUUGUUCUUUUUCUGGGCGGGGUGGCAGGCAGGGUGGAGUAAGACCAGGGCUGUUUCUUCUCCAAGGGGAGCAAAUGGAGAAAUCUUUACAAAAAAAAUGAAAAAAAAAGUUGUUACAAAAAAAACCUAAAUAAAUAAGACAAAAUUCCCAUAUAAGAAAAAAAUAUUCUGAUCAUUCCAGUAACUUUUUUUUUUUUUUUCUUUGAGCAUAUUUUUAGCUGUACUUUAGAUGGGUUUGGAUGAGUAAAAUGGCCAAAGAUACUUUUUUUUUUUUUUUUUUCUCUGUCUGAAGUUGCUGUUUACUUUGUCAUUUCUUGGCCUGGCUGGAUGUGUGCGGCAGUAUUGUCAAUAAAACUGCAAUUUUAAUUUGCAGGCUUUCUUUUUGUUCUAA